AUGCUCCACCAGCAACCUCCAAUUCGCAAUUCGGCCCAUCCAAAUGUUUCUAAGCUUCACCAAAACCAACCAACCACAAGUCAGACUCAAUCUCAAUUCCAAACCGCUCAAACGGCUCCACCAAACGCAAAUAAGACUUCCUCGCAAUCUCCUCCCGCUGAAAGUCAACAGUUAGCCACUGGUUCGCUCAGUUAUUGCUCCACCUCCUUGGCUGCCAGCUUUCAUCGAAUCCCAUCAACUGUGUUGCUGCAAACGGCUCUUGUAAAGGUCGUCGGAUCUUCUAGGAAUAUUAUGUGGGCUAGAGCAUUGCUCGAUCCUGCUUCACAGCUGAACAUCAUUUCGGAGAACUUAGGUCAACGAUUGAAGCUGUCAAAGGUCAAAGAUCAUCACACCAUCGGAGGUAUCGGACAGUCUACCAUUGUGUCUACCCACUCCAUCACAGCCGAGAUCCAGUCACAUUGCUGCAACUACCGUACACAGCUGAAGUUUCACGUGCUGAGUUCUGUGACACGUGAGCUGCCUUCAAACAACAUCGAAGUCACUGAGUGGCCUUGGCUUAAUGACAUCGUGCUUGCUGAUCCCCAAUUCAAUGAACCAGGGGUAGUAGAUAUGAUUAUAGGAGUUGAUAGCUACUAUGACCUUCUUCUCGAUGGAUUUAUCCGCCUCGGUGCGGGACAACCAGUGCUGCAAAAUACUUUGCUGGGAUGGGUUGUUUCUGGCAGGGCUGGGGUCAGCCGACCCGAACCGGAGAUAGUUAGUAUCGUCCACGUGUGUACGCAAGAUUUCGAUGAGAAACUAUCCAGAUUUUGGGAGUUGGAAGCUUGUCAGUCCUCUAGUACCAUGUCAGUAGAAGAAUCCACUUGCGAGGCUCACUUUGUCGUAACGACUGCAAGGGACACCUCUGGUCGAUUCAUGGUAGCACUUACGAUAAAACCGUCCGUUAUAUCCCUGAUGGGAAACUCCUACGAAAUCGCCAAACGCCGCUUUCUGUCGUUGGAACGCCGUUUACAAACCAACCCUCAGCUCAAAUCUGCAUACUCGGCUUUUAUCGAAGAAUACCGGGACACAUGA